AUGUCGCAGGCACCGCCAGCACCAGGCAGAAGAGACUUGGGGUUCUUGCAGAAGGAAUGGCGGAACGAGGUGAAGCUGCCGAGCUUUUUCCACGGAGGGGCAGGAUGUCCCGAAGGUCGCGGUGCUGUGGCGAAGCGGAUUGCCGUGCAGUGCAGGAGCUCUUUGAAUGAUCAGCAGGUGUUCCCUGCCAAAGCUGCCGAGGACUAUGCAGCUAUCAUCUCUUGCCUUCCGGCUGGUGGUGACGAUCCCCCGAUGAGGGGAGUCCGCUGCUACACGAGUGCUCCCAAUCAGCAGAGCAUCAUGGACUCUAUUAUUUUCAACCGCGUGUUCGAUUGGAGAAGUCACGAGCAGCACGACAAGGCUUUCAAGCAGAUGUACGGUGGUGCUGCUGGCAGGGUGUCUGCAGGCGUUGACCUGAACGGAAAACGUGUCAAGUAUUCGAUGCCUUGGUUCGCCCGGCCCAAAACGUUGCCCAUGAAGCCCCAGGACCUCGCGGCCACCUACUGA